GUGUCCUUGUUAGCUAACGAGCUAGUUAGCUGCCAUAACAGGCGAGCAAAUGUGAACUAUUUGGAAAGAUGAAUUAAACCGCGCUUAAAGGGUGAUUUUGAAAGAGAUUCGUGUUGACCCGCUGUUGAUAACAGCACCAUGUUUCGUGUCGGGAGUAAAGCUGCCUGCAUGGCCUGCAGGAACCUGGUCUCCACCAACAUGGGAGUGAGAUUUCGGGUACCGCUGCAAAAGCUGCACCCCCUGUCCCGUGCCAUCCACCACCGCUACUCUGGAAACACCAACCCCCAGCGUACCCCUCAUCGCACAGCAGCCCGCUAUUUUACCUCCAUGUCACGGUUGCCUAUGCGGCCACCUAAGCCUCCCCCAGGAUCAGGGGGCUAUGGCCACCAGCAGCAGCGCAACUUUUGGGUGGCCCGCCUCGCUGCCCGGCUUUUAAAGCUCCGAUAUAUUCUGUUUGGAACGGCAGUGGGAGGAGGGUACACUGCUAAAAAGACCUAUGAAGAGUGGAAGGACAUGCUGCCUGAUUUUAGUGAAUACAACUGGGUCAUUCCUGAUUUUGUCUGGGAACUGAGUGAACAAAUUGAUCUUGAUAAACUGGCCAAAGCUCUACCAGAGAUGGAGGAAAUAGCCAAACUACUACCUGACCUCGACAAGAUCGGCGAGAACUUCACUUUCCUCAAAAGCCUCCUGUCCUCUGGUGUGAGUUUGGGUAGUGAAGUCAAAGGAGCUUCUGGUCUGCAUCUGUUGUUAGAAACCUCAGGCGAUCCUCCACUCAAGGCCACAGAUUCAUCCACUGCAGCCACGCAAGAUGGCAGCGACAAGCAAUACAAAAAGGGUCUGCUUGGCGAGCUCAUUCUAAUUCAGCAGCAGAUCCAGCGGCACGAGGAGGAGGUCCGGCGGGCCGCGGCAGCCAAUAGUGCGCGUCCCCCACCGCCAGAGCCUGCUCCCAGUCCGCCUCCGAACCCCAGCCCCCCUCAACAGAAGCGCAAGUCAUCAGACAAAGAAAAGAUUGACCAGCUUCAAGAAGAACUGCUCCGUACGCAGCUCAAAUAUCAGCGCAUGCUGGAGAGACUGGAGAAGGAGAAUAAAGAGUUAAGGAAAGUGGUGCUGCAAAAAGAUGAUAAGGGGAUUCAUCAAAGAAAAGUGAAGAAAUCUCUUAUUGACUUGUAUUCUGAAGUCCUGGACAUCUUGUCUGACUAUGAUGCCAACUACAACACCCAGGACCACCUACCCCGGGUGGUUGUGGUUGGGGAUCAGAGUGCUGGAAAGACGAGUGUACUGGAGAUGAUUGCCCAGGCCAGGAUCUUUCCCAGGGGCUCAGGAGAGAUGAUGACCCGCUCUCCUGUCAAGGUGACACUAAGUGAAGGCCCCCACCAUGUGGCCUUGUUUAAGGACAGUGGCCGAGAGUUUGACCUUACCAAGGAGGAGGAUCUGGCUGCUUUGAGGCAUGAGAUCGAGCUGAGGAUGAGGAAGAGUGUGAAGGAGGGACAGACCGUCAGCUGUGAGACAAUAUCCUUGAGUGUCAAAGGCCCCGGUAUCCAGAGGAUGGUGCUUGUUGACUUACCAGGAGUCAUCAGUACUGUGACUACAGGCAUGGCAUCAGACACUAAGGAAACCAUCUUCAGCAUCAGCAAAGCCUACAUGCAGAACCCCAAUGCAAUCAUCCUCUGUAUUCAGGAUGGCAGUGUGGAUGCAGAGAGGAGCAUUGUAACAGACUUGGUUAGCCAGAUGGACCCCCAUGGGAAGAGGACCAUCUUUGUCCUGACCAAGGUGGACUUGGCUGAGAAGAACCUGGCCAGCCCCAGCAGAAUCCAGCAAAUAGUGGAAGGAAAGCUGUUUCCCAUGAAGGCCCUGGGCUAUUUUGCAGUGGUGACCGGAAAAGGGAGCAGCGCUGAAAGCAUUGAAUCCAUUAAAGACUAUGAGGAAGACUUCUUCCAGAACUCCAGAUUACUAAGGGAUGGCAUGCUGAAAGCCCACCAGGUGACCACAAAGAACUUGAGUCUGGCCGUCUCUGACUGCUUCUGGAAGAUGGUCAGGGAGUCAGUUGAGCAGCAGGCUGAUGUCUUCAAAGCAUCUCGUUUCAACUUGGAGACUGAAUGGAAGAAUAACUACCCUCGUCUGCGAGAGCUGGACAGGAAUGAACUCUUUGAAAAGGCUAAAAAUGAAAUCUUGGAUGAAGUCAUUAGUUUGAGUCAAGUGACCCCACAACACUGGGAGUCCAUUUUGCAGAAGAAGCUGUGGGAACGUGUUUCCACCCAUGUGAUUGAGAACAUCUACCUGCCUGCUGCUCAAACAAUGGACUCGGGCACCUUUAACACCACAGUCGACAUCAAGCUGAAGCAGUGGACCGACAAGCAGCUUCCGCACAAAGCACUCGAGGUUGCCUGGGAGACACUGCAGGAAGAGUUUGCCCGCUUCAUGGCUGAAUACAAAGGCAAAGACCAGGACGACAUUUUUGACAAGUUGAAGGAGGCUGUGAAGGACGAGAGCAUCAAGAGGCACAAGUGGAAUGAGAGGGCCAUGGACAGCCUGAGGGUGAUCCAGCACAAUGCCCUAGAAGACCGCUCCAUCACAGACAAGCCUCAGUGGGAUGCAGCAAUCCAGUUCAUGGAGGAGACCCUGCAGUCACGCCUCAAAGACACUGAGUCAGUAAUCAGAGAUAUGGUGGGUCCAGGCUGGAGGCAGAGGUGGCUCAACUGGAUGAAUCGCACACCAGAACAGCACAUUCGGAAUGAAACAAAAAAUGAGCUGGAGCGCCUGCUGAAGCUACACGAUGAGCAUACAGCCUACUUGGCCAAUGACGAGGUCACCACAGUCAGGAAGAAUCUGGAGGGACGAGGGGUUGAAGUUGAUCCUGUGCUGAUCAAAGACACAUGGCAUCAGCUGUAUCGUCGACACUUCUUGCAGAAGGCGCUGUCUCACUGUAACCUCUGCAAGAGAGGUUUCUACUACUACCAGAGACACUUUGUUGACUCUGAGUUGGAGUGCAAUGAUGUGGUACUUUUCUGGAGGAUCCAGAGGAUGCUGGUCAUCACAGCCAACACUCUCCGACAGCAGCUCACCAACACUGAGGUGCGCCGUUUGGAGAAAAACGUGAAGGAAGUGCUGGAUGACUUCGGGGAGGACAGUGAAAAGAAGACUCACCUCAUCACAGGACGCAGAGUCCAGCUGGCCGAGGAUCUCAAGAAAGUUCGUGAGAUCCAGGAGAAACUUGAAGCCUUCAUAGAAGCUCUACACAAGGAAAAGUAGGAGAACCAGAAAUAUUGAAAGCAAAUGAAUGGAUCACACCAGAGAAAUGCACUGAACAAAGACAACUAAACCUGUAAAUGACCGCCAUCACACCCUGACCCCUCCAACACCACUCCCUUGAUUUUAAUAGCCUCGGCUCGGCUUCCUGUCCCCCUCUGACGCUGAUGGAAAGACGGACCUGAACUGAAGGAAACAGUUCUCAAGCUUUCGCUUUGUUUUCUCUUUCAAACGGCCCGGGGUCAGCAGGGGAACUUGUGCACAGGAGCCCAAACAGCAUCACAUCAGGAGGAAACUGAGAAGCUUGCACAGUGUUGUUAGACAUCUGAACUCUCAUUUUCAAUAAAUGAGGUUUGUGUUCA